AUGGCAAACUUCAAAGACCUUAUACUCUUACGAGACUGUAGUUGGCGUCUGCUGGUAGCCUUGGUCGUUAUCAAUGUCUCUGUGUUCAGUUAUGGCUGGGACAAUUCCAUCUACUCUACCGUCCAAGCCAUGAACAGUUUUCAAAAGAAGUUUGGAAGCUAUGAUGACACCAGGCACAAAUGGGAUUUCACUGCCAGCGACCUCGCUAUUCUCAAUUCCAUGGGUCUUCCCGCCAAGUCCGUGGGCGCCGUGCUGGGAUAUAUCUUUUCCGAGUUCAUGGGUCGAAGAAUAUCUUACAUUGCUAUGCAAACCGUUGCUAUUGCAGGUACGGCGGUCAGCGAUGCUGCUACUUCAUACGGCCAGAUCCUAGCAGGCCGUAUGCUGGUUCAAUGUAUGGUAGGAUGGGACAAUUACCUGGCACCUAUGUUCAUUGCGGAGAUCGUUCCUCCUCAAAUUCGUGGGGCCAUGGUGGUUGUCUGCGUCUUUAUGCACGUCUUCGGCUCGUUUCUCUGCACUAUCGUCACCAACGGAACCAAGAACUACCCCGGUGAUGCUUCAUGGCAGGAUCCAGUCCUCAGCGGUUUUGCUUUCCCGGCUUUCACAAUCUUGUUUUGCUGGCUUAUUCCAGAGAGCCCACGUUGGCUGGUUCGAAAAGGUAAGAAGGGGCGGGCGGUCAGGUGGCUGAAUACACUCAAUGGAUCCAAACCUGGGUACGGCGCCGAGCAAGAGGCGACUCUACUUCAAGCUGCCAUUGACAGGGACAUGGAAAUGAAGGGUCGCUGGAUAGAUCUUCUCAAGGGCGUAAAUCGCCGGACUAUGAUUGCCGUCGUUUCAGGAGCCUUCAAUCAAUUAACAGGCCAAUCCUUUGUCUCUCAAUACGGUGCCAUCUUUGUGAAGAGCUUCAACCGCAUGGACCCCUUCGUGUACAGAGUCAUCUCAGCCGCCAUCACCUGCGCCGGUCCCAUUGUUGUCUUCACCUGUGUCGAUAUCGUUGGCCGUCGGCCGAUCUACUCUGUAGCUGGUUCUAUCGCGACUGGCCUUCUCCUCGCAAUCGGUGCACUUGGAACGGGUCAUGUCACAGGACAACGAGCAGACGCAAUCAUCGCUUGCAGCGCUCCAUUCGCUAUGUUCUACAUCAUGUCGUUUGGAUCCAUUGCCGCCAUCACUGGCGCGGAGGUACCUCAUCUUCGCCUUCGAGACAAAACCUCGUUCUUGGUGUAUUUCACACACUUUGUCUGCGACUUUCUGGUCACCUUCACCUAUCCAUACCUCUUCGAUGCGGAACGUGCAAAUCUGGGAGCCAAGGUCGGCUUCAUCUACGGUACUUUUGGUGUCUUGGCUAUCGUGUGGGCAUUUUUCCAUCUUCCAGAAUUAACUGGUAGGUCUCUGGAGGAGGUCGAUGAGAUGUUCGAGGAGAGAGUCCCUGUGAGGAAGUUCAAGACGUGGAAGUCAAGCAAUGCCCACACCAUGGUCACGGAUUUGGAAACACAGGUUGAUCACAGCAGGGACUCUGAUAUUGAACAAGCGGAGAGCAAGAAUAGCGCUACAUUGCAUGUUGAGGACAAGGACUCGCGAUGA